AUGCCAAAAUGCAAUAAAACAAAGAAACCAUGCAAGAUAUGUUUAGGACCAGUUACUGACAAGACAGGCUUGCAAUGUCAAGGUGCCUGUCAGACGUGGGUACAUUACGGCUGCUUAAAUUAUACACCUGGUAAAAUCAAGGAUAUAAAAGCCGGCAUCAUUAAAGUUACAUGCCCUUGUCCAGACUGCAAGACCACAUUACCAAAAGAAUACCGCACAGAUGAACCGUUUAGUUGCAACAACACCCAAUGUCCAGCGAAUCAAACACCUAAAUGUGGGAACGUAGCAUGCCCAACUAAUAACGGAACAAGUGGUGAACGACUUCCUACAUCUGCAGGUUGUGCUUUGGAUAAAUGUGGCAAGAAAACGUGUAAGACAUACAGCCAUCCACGUUUACCUGAUUCGUCACAGCCUCCCCUCGUAAAACCAUGUGCACCCCCGAAAUAUUCAACGGCCGUAUCUUCGUCAGGUUCUAAGGAUGCUUGUUUAGAUUUUAAGCCCCCUUGUCCUUCUGGAUGUGCUUCUGCAACUGAUGUCCCAGGUGAUUUUGGAAGGCAAACCAGUCCAACUAUUCCGUCUUUAGGUACAUUAGAACAAAUGUGCAACACUGUUGGUCAGUUGACCAACCAAAUCAAUAAUUUAAUGGCUAAAAUGCAGCAAGCGGCAAAAGAAAAAAAUGGUGGUGGUUGUUCUCAAAAAGGGCCAAAAUCUUUGUGCCCUAAACCAUGUUUUUGCCCUGAAAAUCCAGGACGAAGAAUAUAACGUCUUAUACCAAUCAAUACACAAAACUCUUUCUUAUUUUGUAUUCUUUGUUUAACACAAUUGUGUUAAGUUUUUAUUACAAUCAGUUUUAUAAAACUUAACAGUGCCAUCUAUUUCAAAUUAAGAUUAUUUAGAAAAUACAUUAUGAGAACAAUU